GGCUGCCCGAUGCGGAGAAGGCGGGGUUUCGCUCUGUGUAGCGGUGAGCGCGGUUUCCUUCUGCGCCUUCUGUUGCUGCCUUGGGUGCCAGGGAAGUGAGGCGUCGAGAGUCUCUUUUCCCGGAGGAGAGCGCCUUCCUCGAGGGCUUCGGAGGGGAGCCUGAGCCAUGCCGAACUCGCGACCCAGACCCCGGCGGGGGGGUGGCGCAGGUGCGGCCGGCCGUGAUCGGCUGGUGGCGCGGUCCUUGCAGAGCGCUGAGCACUGCCUGGGCGCCCGGGACUUCGGCACUGCCUAUGCUCAUUACCUCCUAGUGCUCAGCCUGGCGCCGGAGCUCAAAGACGACGUGAAGGAAACUUUUCAGUAUACACUUUUCAAGUGGGCUGAAGAGCUUGAUGCACUCAGUCGAGUACAGGACUUACUUGGUUGCUAUGAGCAGGCCUUGGAACUCUUUCCUGAUGAUGAAGUGAUUUGCAAUAGUAUGGGAGAGCAUCUCUUCAGAAUGGGCUUUCGAGAUGAGGCAGCUGGGUAUUUUCAUAAAGCAGUGAAGCUCAACCCUGAUUUCAGUGAUGCAAAGGAGAACUUCUAUCGUGUUGCAAACUGGCUGGUGGAGCGCUGGCACUUCAUCAUGCUCAAUGACACCAAGAGGAACAGGAUUUACAAUGCAGCAAUCCAGAAGGCAGUGAGCUUGGGGUCCAAGAGGGUUUUGGAUAUUGGCGCAGGAACUGGAAUACUGAGCAUGUUUGCUAAAAGAGCCGGUGCACACUCAGUGUAUGCCUGCGAGUUAUCCAAGACCAUGUAUGAGCUUGCCUGUGAUGUCGUGACUGCAAACAAGAUGGAAGCUGGAAUUAAGCUCCUCCACAUGAAGUCACUUGACAUAGAAAUUCCAAAACACAUUCCUGAAAGAGUGUCCCUAGUUGUAACAGAAACUGUCGAUGCAGGUGUGUUUGGAGAAGGAAUUGUGGAGAGUUUAAUUCAUGCGUGGGAGCAUUUGCUUCUGCAACCAAAGACCAAAGGAGCAAAUGGAAAUUGUGGACAGUAUGGGAGAGUCAUACCAGCAAGUGUUGUUAUAUUUGGGAUGGCAGUAGAGUGUUCAGAGAUACGAAGACAUCAUAGGGUGGGCACUAAGGACAUUGCUGGUGUCCGUUUGCCAGCAAGUGUGAAAUUUCAGAGCCCAGCCUCUUCUGCAGAAACUGGAGAAGCAGUUGAACCAUAUACAACUGAGAAGAUGAGUCGGAUCCCUGGAGGGUAUUUGCCUCUGACAGAGUGCUUUGAAAUUAUGAAAGUGGAUUUCAACAGUCUUCAGGAAUUAAAGAGUCUUGCAACUAAAGAGCCACACCCCCUCAGUGUUCCUGCUACUAAAGAAGGCGUGCUGGAUGCUGUCAUGGUUUGGUUUGUUCUCGAGCUCGAUGAUGAAUACAGUCUGUCCACAAGUCCUGAGGAGGAAACCUGUUGGGAACAGGCUGUUUACCCAGUACAGGCCCUUGCAGACUACUGGAUAAAGCCUGGGGACCAUGUGACAAUGGAAGCAUCUUGUCAAGAUUGUUACCUAAGAAUCCAGAGUAUCAAUAUCGUGCAUUUGGAACAUGAAAUGGAAGUUAUAAAGCAUUUUACCAAGAGUGAAGACUUGCUGUCUCUAGGGAAUGAGGCUGAGCUCUGUAGUGCUCUGGCUAACCUUCAGACCAGUAGAGCAGAUGCUCUGGAGCAGCUCUGUGUGUUAGAACCUGCAGAGAUUGCUUUGCUCAAUAACAUUCCAUAUCAUGAAGGCUUUAGGAUGGCCAUGAGGAAGGUGUUGUCUUCGCUGGCCCCAGAGAAACUGUGCCAGCCCGUGGAUCUUCAGUGUCAGGACUCAGAGAUGAACUCUGGAAGUGAACAGGGUGCUACUGCACCGAGCACCUCUGACCCUCUCUAUGUGUUGGAUGUGUCCGAAGGCUUCUCUCUUCUGCCUAUAAUUGCUGGAACACUUGGUGAGGUUAAGCCCUACAGUUCUGUGGAGAAAGACCAGCAUUGUGUUGUUUUGGACCUCAUAUCUGAAGCCAAUCACUUCCCUAAGGAAACACUGGAGUUUUGGCUGAGACAUAUAGAAGAUGAAGCUGCUGUGUUGCAAAGGCCCAAAUCAGAUAAAUUGUGGAGCAUAAUUAUAUUAGAUGUUAUUGAGCCAUCUGGGCUCAUUCAGCAGGAAAUAAUGGAAAAAGCUGCAAUAUCCAGAUGUUUAUUGCAGUCUGGAGGCAAGAUCUUCCCCCAGUACGUCUUGAUGCUCGGGAUGCUCGUGGAGUCGCAGACACUGGUAGAAGAGAGUGCUGUUCAAGGAACAGAGCACACUCUUGGGUUAAACAUAGCACCUUUUAUUAACCAGUUCCAGGUGCCUAUUCGUGUGUUUUUGGAUUUAUCUUCGUUGCCAUGUGUCCCUUUAAGCCAGCCAGUGGAACUCUUGAGAUUAGAUCUGAUGACGCCAUAUCUGAACACUUCCAGUAGAGAAGUAAAGGUCCGCAUUUGUAGAUCUGGACGAGUGACCGCUGUCCCAUUUUGGUUUCAUUUGUGCCUUGAUGAUGAGGUCAGGCUGGACACCUCAGGUGAAGCCUCCCACUGGAAGCAAGCUGCCGUGGUUCUGGACACCCCCAUCCAGGACAUCCCAGAAGAGCAGAGCCCUCCUGACAAUGCAGGCCAACAUCCAGACUUUGAAGAUACAGUGUCUUCACCGGACACGCUCUCUGAUGACCAGCUGUCAGAAGACGCCAUGAACAACAUCACAGACAUGAAGAAGGAGCUCCUUGACACAUCAGCAGACUCCUAGAGAGCUGCCACAGCUCAGAAAAACAUACAUGUUAUCAUAUAUAUUUGUUUUCCCGGAGACCCAGAGCAUACUGAACACACAAGUCUGCUCUCCUCAUCUCCACGUGAUGCAGGUUCUCCAGGUUCAAGGAUAUCCUCGCCCCAGGGCCAGUAUCAGGGCUUUGGAUACACAAUUACUCCCCAGAAUGUAGCUGCUGCAGCCAAGCUCUGUGAAGACAUCAUGAUUGACAUCCCAGAAGAGCAGGGCCCUCGUGACGAUGCAGGCCAAUAUCCAGACCUGGAAGAGUCGUCACAGGACACGCUCUCUGCAGACCAGCUGUCUGAAGACGCAAUGAAUGACAUCCCAGACGAGCAGAAGAAGCUCCUUGACACAUCUGCAGACUCCUAGAGAGCUGCAACAGUCGUCUUUGUGUAUAGGACAAGAUCUGGACAGUUUAGAAUGUUGGAAAAUUUCAAAGAUAGGCAAAAGCCAGAUAUAACUACUCUAUAAUAUACACACAUAUAAUACUAAUGCAUACAAAUAAUAUGUAUGUGUUUUAUAUAUCACAGUGUCUAAAUUUCAAACAGUAGGUAACAACUUCAGCUGAGUGCUCUUGCAUUUCUCAAGAGGAUGGACAUUUGAAAAUAAAGAAAAAAAAAUCAGUGGUUCUUACCACUGCAUAAAUGUAAUACUCUGGACUGAAAAUGUAAAUAUAAAAUUCAGAUUAAUUUAAUCAUAAUCAUGUGGCAUUUAAGUUUACAUAAUUAUUCUUCAAUUACAUGUCUGUCAAUAAAUCCGAUACCGUUUUCUGAAAUUCUUA